CACAUGCAAUCAGGGAACUAGAUUAAGUAUUAUGAAUUCUAUUUUAUUUAUAUUCAGGAAAAAUCAUACAGAAAAAUAAAUGGUUACCCAUUCAUAAGUGCAAGUUUCGUGAUCCAGCUUAGGUAUUCAAGCUUCAAAUGCAGUAUUAGUUUUAUAAAAUUAUUGCUUUUUUCCUUUCAGAUAAACUAUUUCUAACCUCUACUUUCCCCACAUCUAUUGAAACAAUGCAGCAAAAUAAGAGUGUAACUGAGUUCAUACUGUUAGGAUUGACACAGGAUCCUCUGAGGCAGAAAAUGGUGUUUAUAAUCUUCAUUUUCUACAUUGGAACUGUGGUGGGGAAUUUGCUCAUUAUUGUGACCAUCAAGUUCAGCCGGUCUCUUGGGAGUCCCGUGUACAUCUUGCUAUUUCAUUUGUCCUUUGCUGAUACCUGCUUUUCAACUUCCACAGCCCCUUGGCUAAUUGUAGAUGCUCUCUCUGCAGAGAAAGUCAUAUCCUGUAAUGAGUGUAUGACACAAGUCUUUGCAAUGCAUUUAUUUGGACCCAUGGAGAUCUUUGUCCUCGUCCUCAUGGCUGUUGAUCACUAUUUGGCCAUCUGUAAUCCCUUGCAUUAUCCGACCAUCAUGAGACCAGAGGUCUGCAUUAUCUUGAUCAUUCUUGCCUGGAUAGCUGCUUUAAUACAUUCUAUUAUUCAGAAUGUCCUGGUCUGGAAAUUGCCCUUCUGUGGAAACAAUUUAAUUGAUCAUUAUUGCUGUGAUUUGCAGCCCUUUUUAAAACUUGCUUGCAUGGACACUUAUGUUAGUAACCUACUGGUAGUGUUCAAUAGUGGGGCCACUUGCUCAAUCAGUUUCUUCAUUCUGAUGAUCUCAUAUAUUGUCAUCUUGUAUUCUUUGCGAAACCACAGUGCAGAAGGGAGGAAAAAAGCCCUUUCCACUUGCACCUCCCACAUCAUUGUAGUUGUCUUAUUCUUUGUUCCGUGUAUAUUCAUAUAUAUACAUCCACAAACCACUUUCUCCAUGGACAAGAUGGUGGCAGUAUUUUAUACCAUUGGAACACCCUUUCUCAACCCACUUAUCUAUACAUUAAGGAAUGCAGAAGUGAAAAAUGCCAUGAGAAAGUUAUGGAGUAUCAAAAUUACCUCAGAAAGCAAAGGCUGAAUUGGAGAUUUGAUUAUCCAGUAAUGGUUUGACUGAAUUAGUACAGACAUCAAAUAUGAUAAUGUGUGAUUAUUGUGUGAA